GCGGCUCCAUUUUCACCCUGUAGGGCAGAGGGAGAGUCACAGGAGGGGAAGAAUAUAAAUAAUAUCUGCUUCACUUUCUUCAGUCAUAGCUACUACACUGUACACUACUACACUACACUACUACAAUACUAUACUACUACCUAACUACUACACUACCCACUUCUGCACUACUACCGCUCUCAAAUGAAGCAUACUCGUGACUCUGUGGAUUCCCCCCCCGAGCGCUUUCUCUCCCACACCUCCACCUCCUCUACGCUCUCUUCCCAGGAAGAUUCAAGCCGCACCCACAAUAAAUCCUCGAGACCUCUAUCAUUCUUCCGCUCACGACCCAACCUCGCGGCCAAAACCAUUCACUCAUCAGCUGACGAUUCCUCCCGCGUCGCAGCCUCCACCACGAUGAUAUCCGAUUCACCCACCAGCCCGCAACGGCCGGCACUGGGCCCCAACAAGCGCGAUACCACCCACAGACGGAACGCAGACGACUGGCGUCGCUACAGCGGGACUGUGCAGCACUGUGGCCGGCACUCGAAUGACUGGCUCUUUGGCGGGUUCAGUCUGCGCGACACCGUGCGUGAUGGCGUAGACAAGCUCCGUCAUCACCAUCAAGCUAGCUGAGCCUGCUAGUCUAGGACUGAACGACAGAUGGCUCUGCGGUUGACAGUGUUUCUCGAUGUCGAGGAAACUACCUGUCUCACUGCUUGCGUCAGAUCAACUGGACUUGUCGCGGACAUGCGCUCGGAGACCAAUGAUCGUCGAAUUCUCCGUUCAUACCUGUUGAUCUGCCUGAAUGCAACGCUGCGGCUAGCCGUUCGGCUUCUAAAGCGCUUGAAU